ACGUCGUUGCGAAGUUGUUUCUUGUUACCACAACGAACGAUCGAAAACUCUCCAAGGCGACCCGUAGUCAAGGUUACAGAUCCUUCCCAGAAGUUCCUUCGACUCAUAGUAUUUGUGCUGUCUAACUGAACAUCAUAUGGCGGCUACAGCCCAACAGGCUUUUGUUCCACAACAGGGCUUUGAACAGAAGGACGUAUCRUCUAACGCGCGAAGUAACGUUACGCAAGCAGAGUUUACAACRACRAGCCUUCCGAUACAUGGUGUAGUUGUCACAGCGUCUACUAUACCAAACUCAGGGACUGCUCACCCUACUCUUCCUCAAACGGCCGUUACUUUAGUUCAGGCUCCCCCAAUACAACACACACAAUCUCUACAACAAACGGCAACAGCGCAAAUUAUCGCUGCCAGUGUAUUAUCGCCAGAAGAGUUUCAGGCGACCGCAGGAAAGGAAGGUUUUUCUGCCGGUGAAGUUCAGUACGUUGAGGCUUCAGCWGAACACGGGUUGUAUCCCAACGGGACUGGGAGUACYGCCUUCCAUUACAAUGAUAAUGCCAUGUUCUCACAGCAGCCCUCCGCUACAUUCAUGGAUGCUGCAGCACAGCCGCAACAGGCACAAACAUUUUCAGUUGCUACAACWCCAGCAGUAGCCACAGCUGCUAGUAGUGUUCCAGGUACUUACGUUCCAGUAGGUGGACAGCAGCACCAAGGCAUACCACGGCAUCCUAUUGCMCACACWACUAGGGCAUCUCCAGCCACUGGUUUUUCUCAUGGUAAUCCAGUCAGAAAUAACUAUAAUGUCCAGUGGUUGUUGGAGAAUUAUGAGACAGCAGAAGGGGUUAGUUUACCACGUCAAACUCUGUAUCACCAUUACCUGACCCAUUGUCAGACACACAAGCUAGACCCAGUAAAUGCAGCCAGCUUUGGUAAACUUAUCCGUUCYGUCUUCUUGGGACUCAAGACAAGACGUCUUGGCACUAGGGGUAAUUCAAAGUAUCAUUAUUAUGGCAUUCGUAUCAAACCCAGUUCRCCUCUCAAYGCACUAACAGAUGACACACAGGUUGCUCUUAGACAGUCUCCUUCUACACAGAAAAGAAUAAAGCCAGCAUCACGAGCUGAUGGAUCAGAAGGAGAURGUUAUUCAUCGUUAUCAGGUGGGGCUGUUGACCAAUCACAGCAAAGCCAUCACCAGCACCAAGAAUACCUUGGCGAUGUCACUCAAGGACUGCCUGACUUUGAGGACUUGGAUACCAAGGGAUCCCCUCUACCAGAUGGAGUUGGUGAGGAUGACUUGGACACCUUUCAAGACAUGUACAGAGAACACUGUGAGGCUUUUCUAGAUGUCGUUGUUAAUCUACAGUUUGGUGUUGUGGAGUCCCUGUGGCAGAGUUUCUGGAGGCAUACAUCUACAGUGAAGAAAGAAGACAAGACAGASGGAAAUCAAGUCUUGUCAACAUCACCUAGCAUAAAGGAACUAGGUGACGAUGAAGACAAUGAGAAGCGUCUUCCCAAGACUAAGCUAAUGAUUCUGUGUGAAUUUGACCCUGUCAUUGCUUAUGUUAAAAGUUGUGACCAUCUACUGUACCAGACACUUGUUGAGAUACUCAUUCCUGAUGUCCUUAGACCUAUACCAUCAUCUCUCACACAAGCUAUUCGUAACUUUGCCAAGAGACUGGAAGGRUGGGUUGCUGGUUCACUCAACCAUGUYCCUAAGAAGAUGGGAGAUGUCAAGGUUUCAAGCUGUUGCGCAUUUGCUCAAACCCUACGUCGCUAUACGUCAUUGAAUCACUUGGCUCAAGCAGCCCGUGCAGUUUUACAGAACCCUUCCCAGAUCAACCAGAUGCUGAAUGACUUGAACAGGGUUGAUUUUGCUAACGUCCAGGAACAAGCAGCAUGGGUUUGUCAGUGUGAUGAUCAUCUAGUGUAUAGGAUUGAACAGGACUUUAAACUUACACUACAACAACAGAACUCACUGGAGCAAUGGGCCACGUGGCUGGAAGGUGUUGUCGAUCAGUUCCUUAAACCCCAUGAAGGUGCAGAGAGAUAUCCCAAGGCAGCUAAACAGUUCUUACUUAAAUGGUCUUUUUAUAGUUCAAUGAUCAUCCGUGAUUUAACCCUACGUAGUGCAGCAAGUUUUGGUUCAUUUCACUUGAUUCGCCUUCUCUAUGAUGAGUACAUGUUUUACCUAGUGGAGCACAAGGUCUCUAAAGCUAUAGGAGCAUCACCUAUCUCCGUUAUGGGAGAGUAUGUUGGUCUUGGAUCAGCUCUUGCAAUGGGUCUCGAUGCUGUUGAAAACAGUCUUCUAGGAGACCAAAAYGGAGAAAACAGUAGCAACCUCGGUGAACUAAUAGCUCCACAAGUACCAUCAUCCAGUGCAGAGAGUAGAGAACCAGAGGCCAAAAAACCCAGGCAAAACUAGGAUAGUUCCUUAUAAGAUAAUGAUUAAAACCAUCAACUUGAAAUCUUUAAUCCAAUUAGAACACAUUGUUUACUAUAUUAUUGACUAACAGUUGAAUGGUUUUCUCUUAUCGAUAAACAGUAUUAAUAAUUGAAUAAAKGUCAAGUUCCAUUGCACAACCUUUGCCUGUAGCAUUCACAGAUUGUAUCAAAUAUGAUAUAUCAGGCCUACAAUUUACUAUACUAUGACAUUUUUUUAUUGUUGUUUCAUCAUGAGCGUUGUACAUGAUUGUAGCUCUAAAAGAGUAUAUUAUUUUAUCAUUACGAAACAAGUGGUAACAAACACCAUAAAUUAAAAAAACUAUCUGCAAGAACUGCAAAGAUAUGAUAAUGACAAGAAAAGAGAACUAGAGAUUACCAAAGUAUAUAAGUAUAAUUUCUAUCUCAUCCUGGUCCCAGAGAUUUCUAAUCUUUGACGGAUUAAUCGAGGCUGGUGUGAAAAUCAGAGAUCAGGAGAUCGCUAAGCCAAUUUACUUAACACAGUGUCGAUUUAAYUACUUAAAUCUUCUGUUUUUGUUUUCUCUUGACACAUGAGAAAUCCAACGUUUAACACAAUUCUUACUCAUAUAAUAUUUCUGAUAAGUAUAGUAGUGACACAAAGAAUUGAUUGGAGACUAUUAUGGUAUACCAGUGUAACAUCGUGUUAAUCUUCUAAAGCAAUUAUUCUGACUUGUAAAUAAACUAUACAAAACAAGUGGUUUUAUACAAAUUUGAGUAGUUCCUUAUUGGAUACACUUGAUUCCAACGAACUUGACAUCUGAUACAAGUUGAAUACUCAGGCAAAAGUUGUGCAACUAAUAAAAGGGCGUCAAGGGAAUARAUAAACACAUCAUUUUUUAAAAAGAUAAAGAUUUUUACAACUUUUAACCGUUCGCCAUUAAUAAUGUUGAGAGUUUUAUAAUAAUGCACACUUAUUUAUUGUGCAGUUUGUCUACUCUUACGUUGUAAUAUGUACAUAAGUUCAUCUGAUAAAAACUUAAUUGCUACCAAAUUGAGUGGUUUUCAAAAACAAAAACACGACUUUAGUUUAACUCGACUUUCUUUAUUGUGCACGUGUUUUUGCGUGCCGUUAGUGCCUCGCACUUUGUUCAUUACUGACUUUGCCUCUCGUGUUUCUUGGAAAUCAUUCGAAGAUAUAAUCAAUAUGGAAGUGUCUAAUGACCCUCUUUCUAAUUGCUAACAGUUUAUGACAGGAGUGACUCAGACAACACCCUUCGAGAUACAGAAAAAGUCAGACAAAUCUCUUUCUCAAGUGGUUUUCGUAAAAACCCGUGAAAUAUAUAACUCUCAGCGUGCUACUCUUUUAUGAGGACUUUUGUAGGUAAAUUUCACUUACACUUCAUUUCACGGAUUUACGAUGACCACUGUAUCAUAAGCCAAGCUGUACUGCAAUAAACUUACAACAACAAAAACCCUUGUGAACUCUCAGUAUAAAAUGUAUAAAUAUUAAAAACAUGAAAUAUUAUAAACCCA